UUAUCAGACUAAAAUAUAUAUAUUUACAUUUAUAUUUACCACACAUUUUCCAAUUUCUGGCACUUUAAAUUAGAUAAAACGAUGACUGGAAAAUUCUAGAAAAGUUACAAAACUUUCUUAAUGUGAGUUCAUCAGUGGGGAGAUUUCAUAGUGAUAUCAGUCACUUAAACGUUUUAAUGGUAAAUUAUGUUUUCCAGUAAAAAUGUUAAAGUUAAUAUGCAUCUCACAAAAUUGUUUCAUUUUUUCCCAUUUUCACUGUUUCAUUAAGGAACAUUUUCAUACCGAAAUAAAUGAGAGAAAUUGACUUUUUACGGCUAUCCAUAACAUUUUCUGAUAUAUGGCAGAACAACAUCCAAAAUUUCCUUUGUAAAGACUUUUGCUUCUAAUAUGUACAUGAAAGGAAAUAGAAAUUUUGAAUCUGACUUUAUAUUAAAUAAUAUUUAGUAAUAAAUGACAAUGUCUGUUCUGUUUAAGCAAAUUAGUGUACUGUAUGCACUGUAGAUGGAUAAAAUUGAGUUUGUAAAGCAAAAAAAUAGAUGCUUUAUGUAAGUAAUCAAAUUGGGAAGUUCCAUGGUAGCACUUUUUUUUUUUUAACAUUUAUGUUCCUGUCGUGCUUGCCUGCAAUUUGGUCCAUAACAGAGUGAUCUAUAAUAAGACAUGUUGGUGAUAUGUAAACAGCCUGGUUUUUAAUAUUAUAUUAGAGCAAAGAGAUUACUGUAGUGACACUAUAAUUGCAGCCUAUGUUACAGGGUAAAUUUAGCACCACAUGACUGGAAAUGAGCCAAAACAGAUGGCGGAUUAUAGUGGAAGUUAUAAAUAGUGCAGGGCCGUUUAUUGCAAACAGUUGGACAAAUACAGAUUGGGUUUUUUUUAAGGUGAGAACACAGAGGCAGAACAUAUUUUUCCAAUCGUUUCACUUCAUUAUUUUAGGUUAUGGGAAAAAAAACCAUCGAACAUACGCAGUCUAAAUGAGUCUAUUUGCAUAUUUCAGGAUACCAUAAAAAGUGUGAGACAAAAAAGAAUGAUUUUAAUUUAUGUAAUUAACUGGGGAAGUUUUAGUUUGAUUUCUAUUCAUUGAAAUACUCACCCUCAUCACCUGUAAAUAUAUUGACGCAUUCAUAAAGAUCCUUAAUAUGUGAGGGUGGGGAAAAACGUGCUUAAAUUAAGAGCAUGAUGGGUUUUUCUUACAAGUACUUCUCGCACACACACUGAUGGGACUUACACCCCAAUUUGCUGGAAGCUUAAAAAGUAAACAGGAAAAUCCAGCAUAAACAUUAAGGAAUAUUUUGAAGUGUUUCUGACUAUGUUCUGUGUGUAUUUGUACCAUUUGAUUGGGAAACAGCAUGAAGAGUUUUCCAUAUAAAACAGAGACAUUUAUUUACCUAAAUCUAUUACUUAUUUUAUAGAAGUUGGAGAUGGAUCAGUAGUAAAUCAGAGCUUUGAAGAAAGCAUCAUCAAUUAUUUCUUUGGCCUUAAGGGUAGUGUUUGCAGAUGCUUCGCAUUCUUAACUGACCGAUUCAGUAUGACAGUGCAGUGAAAUAAGUGAUGGUGCAGUUUGAAGAUGUUUCACCGUGAUGCACCUUUUCCUAACUGGAGAGUUUCCGAUCUGACGUGAGGCCUCUCUUGUGACUGCACAGCUGCAUUCCUGUAAACACUCCGGCUGCUUAUAAAUCUGCUUCACCCACUCGUCCCCCCCAUUCUCUCUCAAACACACGCAUAUCAAAAUAAGAUAAACACCAUAAAACUCAAAACACACUUGGUCACUUCCCACUCCCAAUUCAUUGCUAUUAUUCAUUCGGGAGAUGACGCAGACACUUCCUGUUAUAUUUUCUUGCAGUUUUUAAAAGUAUAAUUGGAGGGAUGAAUGGAAAAGCAAACAGCACACUCGUCCACAUGUGACGAAGCAAAAUUAGUGUUGUGCUCCGGUCAAUUUUUACUACAAUAUUUCAAGGAAAACUAUGAAAAGGAAAGAAUUGCUCCAAUGUAUUGUUGUGUAAUCAAGGUAUUUUGAAAUAUACUGAGUAUAUGUGAUGCUCUAUCUAAUCAAGAAGUCAUGAAUUGCAAAUUCCAAGCAAUACUAAAAAUUCCUCACAUAAGGAGGUUCUGUAAGGUGUAGGGCUUUAAUUAAUAUGAACAGAAGCAGUUGUUUAAAUACUAAUUCAUAUCAAAAUGUGUUCUGUGCAAAAAAAGACUAAAAUUCAGUGUUGGUAAAUAUUGUGAUUAAGUUGAGUUAAGUGAUGAAAUCACUGGUUAACAUAAUUAUGUAUACAUGUUGCACACGUGCAUGAUGCCUCAGAAAAUACUUAGUCCACUUGAACUUGUGGGAGUCCAAAAAAACACAACUUUACAACAACUCUUACUGUAAGUGAUCUGAGAAGUCCAUACACAGUAUGAGAGCAAAGGUUUUCCCCUCAGCAUUCAAUCACACUAAUUAUGUAGAAAUGUCUGACUCAUGCGGUCAUGAAGUAGGACCUCCUUCUCCAAGCUCCUUUAUAAGGGCCAAAACUUGCUCCUGGAGUCACUAGUGCACAGUGGUAUAUUUCUUAUUUAAUAUUUAUUUAUUUUUUUCAUCUUUGCAAAUCUAUUUAUUUUUAUUUAUCUCUUAUUUAUUCAUCUCUUUAUCUUAAAGCUUCGUCAAUCUUUUUUUGCCCAAAUGCCUUUGUUUUUUCACCUGUCUUCUCUUCUCUUAAUCAUUCCACUUCCUGUCUCUGUGUCGUUUUAUCUCCCUGACUCCAACCCGCUUUUAUCCUUUAAUAAUCAAGUCAGAGAAGUGCAUCUUUACACAGAUAACCACAGACGUGGGAUGUAUUUGCAGAUGAACAUGGAUGGGAGAGUCACAGGAAGUGAUGCUCAGACACCUUACAGUUUGCUGCAGCUGAAAUCAGUUAAACCAGGCCAUGUUAUCAUUAAAGGACCAUCAUCAUCUCUUUUUCUCUGUAUGGAUAGCGAAGGCAAUCUGAAAGGGCAGAGUCACUAUUCAGAAACCAGCUGCACCUUCAGAGAAAUGCUGCUGGCUGACGGAUACACCCGUUUCAUUUCCUCACAAUAUGGAUUUCCCAUGUCACUGGCAUCAAGACAUUCCCCAGAUCGACACGCACUUCCCUUUACACGGUUCCUACCACUGAGGAAUAACUUGAAAACGGAUAGCGCAUCUGAGCAGAUGCCAAACAAUCAGAGACUUUUUAACGUGGACUCUGAUGACCUUCUUGGAAUGGGUCUAAAUUCUAUGGGCAGUCCUCAGUUUUCUAUGGACAAAUAAAAGAAUGAACUGCACAGACUUCUCACAGAUCGGCACCUUUAUAUAUGUUUUUAGAUUCAGCCUGUAAACUUGAUUUAGUUUUGAAAUGAGUAGCUUUCUGUUAUUUGUUCUCAACAUGUUUUUGUGGAGGCAAUACUAAUGUAAGUUAUUUAUUUAUUACUAUGUAUUGUGCAUUUCAAAUUGUUAUUUAUUUAUUUUUUUUUUACAUUUCAAAAACUGUAACUGUACUUUGAAAUCAUGUUUGUAACAUUCUGUUGAUUUUGACAUGUGAUGUUUCUGAAGGUUCCCUAACACAGAUGUGCUGGGGAAGCCCAAGAGGUUUCUGUUUGUACAACUCAAGUGUGUUUAUCUUAUUGGGGAGAAAUUCUGAAUUAAAACAAACAUGAUAUAAAUAUUUGUUGUCAGAUUUGUCAUGAAAAGAUUGAGCAACCUUAUUAAAUGGUUCAACAAACCAGAAUGUACUUAAAAAAGCAAGCAUGUAUUUACCAAGUACACAGACCGGGAAAGUAGAAGUGGGAAAACAAGCGUAUUGAAGUGAAAGCAUGAGCACCCUCUGGUGGUACAAAAUCCAAUGAGAGGUAGACCAAGUGUGUGGGUGUAUGUUUUUUUCAAUGACUGUAGAAAACAUGGACGAUGCGACAGCUCCCCAAAAAUAAAGCCAAAACGUCUCUAUCGUCUGUUUUUUUUUUUUUUCACAGUUAUUGUUUUUUUGUGCCUAAUGAAAUUUUGCCUCGUCUUUGGCCAACAGAUUUUCUCAGUUUAUAUCCCCCUAAAAAAAAGUUUUAUGUGAGUUUAACAAUUUAUAUUUUGAUUUAUUUGAUCUUUUUUUGUAAGGUUUAAUUGUUCUCAUUUUAUAUCAGUUCUUUUUUUUUUCAUUGUGAUCUAUAAACAGACAUUGUAAAUGCACACUUUCUUUGUUCAUCACUUCAGGCCUGAUUGCAGGUGACCGUAACAGUGAUUACAUUCCCUAUAAAGAUUAAAAUAAGUGAUCACAAGAUU